UCCUCAGGUAUUAACAGUGUCAGAGAAAGUGCAGACAUGAGCAUUUGGCAAGAAGCAAUAUAAUAAUACUAUUAGCACCCGCCAAAGUCCAAGUGGUGUGACGAAAGGACAUUAAAGAGAACAUUUAGAGUAGAGGGAGCGUUGGGAUGGCAUUUAAAGCUGAUACGCCUAACCAAGUAUUAUUAGCUCACUCACUAGUGUUGCUGUAAAUUGCAUAGUAUGGACCCUCCCUUCAUUUAACCAUUUACCAUCAUCACAUCACCAACUUGAAUGAAAAUCUAAUCCCAACUCUCUCCAAAACCAAGUCUUAGUUAGAGACUUAAGACUCUCUCUCUAUCACUAUAUCUAACUUUGGCGGUGGCAUUCACCACUCACUGACUCGGGCAUGGCAAACGACGCUGCUCUGAGAACCUCUCUGCUCUGGCUUGCAGCAGUUAUAUUGGUGGUUGGAAUAUGCACCCACUCUUUCAAGAAGAUGAUGGCCACCUAUGUCUUGGGUGUUCUUGGGAUUGCUGCUCUGCUUCUUCCUGAUUGGGAUUACUUCAACCGAGAUUUCUCUCGUUGGCCUUACCCUGUCACUGCUGAGGAAAGGGCCAAUUCUUCUAUUCAUGCCCAAGGAUCUGGUUUUUUAAGGUUUGCGAAUUCUCCUCUGAGGGUGAUUGCUUAUAGCGUGGUUUAUGGAUAUGCUAUGUACAAAUGGUGGGAGUAUGUAUCAACCUAAUGAAUGAUUAACGAGUUUUAAUUGUUUAGCAGCAGCAGCAGCAGCAGCAACUGUUGGUUCCUCUGAAUCCCAAUUUUUAGCUGUAAGCUUAAUUUUUUUGUUGAUUUAAUUUGUUUAAGUUUGGAGGAAUCCACAAACCUCAUCAGUGAUUGCUGAAGAGGUGCUUCGUUUUUUCUGCGGAGUAGGAAAUCAAAAGGGAUGACGGAAAUGAGUUCAUCCCCUUUUGCGUCUUAUGAUUGAUUAGUAAUGCUAAGGAUUCCUCCAUAACUAGCUAGCGCUAUAUUUUCAACAUUAAAAAAUAAGGAUCUUGAGAACCCUGAGUUAUUGAGGACAAAAAA